CCUCGCCGCCUCCACCUCUCUGCUUCUCUCCCUCUGGUCUCCGACCGACGACUUGCUGACGUCUCCGUCAAGCGUUUCAACAAGAUGGGCAAGUUGGGCAGGUUUCAGAACAUCCGAGUCUAUUGGCUCGCAUUAAUCGCCUACUGGGGUAUCGUGUUAUUUGGAUAUGAUACCGGAGUUGGUGGAGGAGUGGUCUCCCAAGACUACUUCAAGUCCCACUUUGGCAUCGAACAUGCCGGGGUGACCGACAAGAAAAAGUCCAACAACGUGAGCUCCAACGUCGUCUCCGUCCUCCAAGCCGGCGCAUUUUUCGGUGCUUUAGGCAGUGCACCUCUGUCAGCCGCUAUCGGCAGGAGGUGGUCACUGUUCCUCUGGACGAUAGUCUUCGCGGUGGGGGCUAUCUUGCAAACCAUCGCCGGGGGCUCACGCGGGCUCGGAUACAUCUAUGCGGGAAGAGUCGUCGCCGGUUUGGGCAUUGGCGCGAUAUCCGCGGUCGCGCCCGCGUACGUCUCCGAAUGCUCGCCCAAGGAAGUCCGCGGCCGGAUCACGGGCCUGUUCCAGAUCAUGGUCGCCGUCGGCGUCAUGCUCUCGUACUUCAUCAACUUGGGCAUCAGCCUGCACAUCAAGACCGGCUACGCGGUCUGGCGGAUACCAUUCGGCUUUCAGCUCGUCCCUGCAGGCCUUAUGGCGUUCGGGCUGCUCACCGUGAGGGAGUCCCCCCGAUGGCUCGCGUCCAAGGGCCGCACUGACGAGGCACUCGCCAACCUCGCGCACUUCCGCCGCCUCGACCCGGACGACGUCCGCGUGCGCGAGGAGAUGGCGGAGAUCGAGGCCGCGAUCGAGGAGGAGCGCGAGGCGCGAAAGGGCUUGGGCGCGAAGGAGGCGUUCUUGGGCAAGGGGAACUUCAUCCGGUUCGUGAUCGCCGCGGUCAUUUUCUUGCUGCAGCAGUGGAGCGGGCAGAACUCGGUCGGGUACUACGCGCCGCAGAUCUUCAGCUCGAUUGGCUAUACGGGCACAUCGAACUCGCUGCUCGCGUCCGGAAUCUACGGCAUCGUCAAGGUCGUCGCCACCGCGCUCUUUGUGUUCUUCCUCGUGGACUCGCUCGGCCGCAAGUUCUCGCUCUUCAUCUCCUCGAUGGGCAUGGGCAUCCUCUUCUUCAUCAUCGGGGCGCUCCUCAAGAGCUUCCCACCGCCCGCGGCGGGCUCGGGCGCGGACCCUCCCCCCGCGAGCAAGGCCAUGGCCGCGAUGCUAUACAUCUACGUCUGCUUCUACUCUAUGGGCUGGGGACCACUUCCAUGGGUGUACGUUUCCGACAUUUUUCCGACGAGGACGCGACACUAUGGCCUCGCUGUCGCUAGUGCUUCGCAGUGGCUAUUCAACUUCGUUGUUGCAAAGGUCACGCCUACGCUCGAGACCGAUUUGGGGUACGAACUCUUCCUGAUGUUCGCGACGAUCAACAUCGGCGGUAUGGCCGUGUUCUCGCUGCUCAUUCCCGAGACGAAAGGGCGCAGUUUGGAGGAGAUGGACAUCAUCUUCGGGACGGUGCAGGAGGACAAGCGGAGGGCGGACAUCGAGGCGCAAGCGCGCGUCCUCGGAAACGAAGACGUCUCAUCAGCACAGUCCGUCGAGCAGAAGGUGUAAGGAGCUUCGAGUCGUCUUUAGGUUCGCGUGAGGAGAUGAGGACGUCAUGUGGUGAGGUCGCCGAGGGUUAUGUUAUAACGAGUACAUUAGCAAGCUCCGUAGGAGGGAAGGCAGGAGUGUCCGGGCUGCGAGUUCGCGGUGGUGGAUGUAAUGUGCUUAGUAUGUUCGAUUGAUGUAUUUGCACGGACCAGUGCUGGCUCCAAAGCA